UUUAAGGGAUCCUUUGUAAAUCUGUACAAGUUUUGACAAUUUUGCUUAGUCACCUUAAAUUCUCUGCCUACAUUUUAUAGAACUGAAGAAAUAUAUGAAGAAAAUCCGCCGCCACUCAUGUCUUUGACGGGUGCAAUCUGAUUGUGAAUUAGACGGACCAAGGAUAAGGGGAUCGAUUCGAUUGGGUUCACUGUACGCGCAUACAAAGUGUUCGAUAAAAUGCUUGACUGAAGGACAGGGAGUGCGUCGAAUUCGACAAUGGGGAAACCAUCCUUAUGGAAUUCCAUCGCUUCUCUCCGCCUCUAUUCGUCUUCAUCGGCGCUGAAUCGUCUGAAAAAUGGCGACGUUUUGAAGCAAUCUAGAGUGUUUUCGGUAUCGGACAUCUCAAGGUACUCGGAACUGAGCCUGGACUUCAAUCCUCUGCAUUUCGAUGCGAAAAUGGCGAGAGAUUAUGGCUUCGUGGAUGUUCCUGUCCCCGGAUUGCUGGUUGCUUCUCUGUUUCCGAGGAUAAUUGCUUCUCAUUUUCCAGGAACUGUUUAUGCGAAACAGAGUUUGGAAUUCCGGUCGCCGGCUUUUGCCGGUGACGAGAUCAUCUGUGAAGUUAAGGCAACCAACAUUAGAGAAAUGGCCAAACAAAAAUAUGUGGUGAAAUUUGCGACGACAUGCUUUAAAACCGGCGACAUUGUAGUGAUCCGCGGUGAUGCCAUUGCAAUUCUGCCCUCCCUCGAUGCGAAACAAGUCGAAUAAGAUAGGUGAGUUUUUGUUCGAUUUUGGAAGGGAUUAGCCUCCCUCUAAUUGAAAUUGUUGUGUGACAUAGAAUUUGUGAUCCUGUUUGACAUUUAGAUGAUGAGAUUAUUGAUUGAUACUAUGUUAGGGAUGUGGGACAAAUACUUCUUAAUCCUUAAAUUCAAUGGGACUUUGAGUUCAUCUUAUAUUUAGAUUUGUGAUUAUCUUCU